AUGAGGCGUCUUCGGCUGCUGCUGCUGCUUGCAGUAGUUUGUGCUGCUGCUGCAGCAGCAGCAGCAGCAGCAUGGAGACCCUCUGAGCCCCUCGGCCUUAGAAACCAAACGAAGCAGCAGCAGCUGCACUGGGGGCCCCAUGGGGGCCCCAUAGUUGAGGGCUUGUACAGGGAGAACCCCCCAGCAGCAGCAGCAGCAGCAGCAGCAGCAGCUGAAGCAGCAGACAAGCAGCAAAGCAUAAGUGAGCCUCCAGCAGCAGCAGCAGCAGCAGCAGCAGCUGACGAGAAACUGCUGCAGGAAUUCUUGGUGGGGAGAAACCAAGAAGGAGCCAUGAUGGCCUCUGAUUUGCUGCUGCCGCAGCAGCAGCAGCAGCAGCAGCAGCAGCAGCAGCAGUUAUACAGUGCAGCAGCAAACGGAGAAACAAACAAAAUGUUUUCUGCUGAAGAGCAGGCUGAGAUUUUAGCUGCUUUGAGGGAGUGGCAAUCAGUAGAGGAUGGUGCUGCAGCAACGAGGAAGCAGCAGCAGCAGCAGCAGCAGCUGCUGCAGCAGCAGCAGCAAAAGCAAGAAAAGCAGCAGCAGCAGCAGCUAGAACAUUUGCUUCUCAUCGGAGAACUCGACUCAGGCAUCGAUGGGCUCUCCAGGUCCUUCCUUCCUCUCGUGCCGGCAGCAGCAGCAGCCAGCAGCAGCAGCAGCAGCAGCAGCAGCAGCAGCAGCAGCAGCACGACAAGCACGACUACGACGGCUGCUCCGGCAGCAGCAGGAAAGAGUGCAGCAGCAGAUGAAGAAGAUCCCUGCAGUGAUGCUGCUUCUGCUGCAGCAGCAAAAGCAGCAGCAGCAGCAGGGUUGGGGUCCUUAGCUGCUCUCACUGCAGCAGGAAGAGAGGAGCUCCAGGCAGCAGCAGCAGCAGCAGCAGCAGCAGUUUCUGCUGAGGGAGCAGCAAGAAUAGUAGGAGAACUCUUCGAUAAGCUGGGCCCUCCUGUUGUGCUGCAGCUUGAUGCUGCAGCAACAACAGCAAUCAGCAGCAGCAGCAGCAGCAGCAGCAGCAGCAGCAGCAGCAGCAGCAGCAGCAAUCCCCCGCGUCUGCUGCUGGAAAGCCUGAGAGACCAAACCAGCAGCAGCAUGCACUUCAGGGUGCAGGGCGUCCCCACAGCAGCAGCAGCAGCAGCAGCAGCAGCAGCAGCAACAGCAGCAGCAGCAGAAGCAGAGACAGGGACCCACUUCCUGUUGAGGAUGGAAAGGACUCGAUCGACAGCAGCAGCAGAAGCUUUUGCUGCUGCAGAAGAGAGACAGAAACGCAUGCAUGCUGCGCUGCAGCUGCUGCAGCUGCAGCCGCAGCCGCUGCUGCAGCAGCAGCAGCUAUUUCCAUCGUUAGAUGAAUAUGAGGAGCAGCAACGCGAGACCCAUCAGCAGCAACCCCAGCAGCAGCAGCAGCAGCAGCAGCAGCAGCAGCAGCAGCAGCAGCAGCAAGCAGCAGCUCUCAAGGAAGCUCGGCGUCAUCUGCUGCUGCCUCUAUGGGUAGGCCAGCUGUCUCUCCCUUCUCCUAUUGUUGCUGCAGCAGGACGAGAGUUGCUGCUGAACUGGGUUGAGGUGUAUCCUGACAUGCUGCUGCGGCUGCAGCAGCUGCCGCUGCUGCAGCAGCAAGGACAGUGGUUUGCUGCGCUGCAGCUGCUGCAGGCAGCAGCAGCAGCACAAGGUGCUGGUCUCUACCUGCGUGCCUUCGGCCCCGCUUCUCCGUGGGUUCGAGCCGACGGAGAGUUGCUGCUAGACGGUGUACAUACACUGCAGCAGCUGCAGCAGCAGCAGCAGCAGCAGCAGCAGCAGCAGCAGCAGCAGCAGCAGCAGCAAGAUAUAUGUGAAGAUAUAGAAGUAGAGUGGAAAGCAUAUCUACCCCCCGAGAAGGCCUUUUGUUUUCCUUCUGUCUCAGCAGCAGAGAAGCAGCAAUGGCAGCAGCAGCAGCAGUUGCUGCUGCUGCAGCACAAUCAAGAUUCUAAUGCUGCAGCAGCAGCAGCAGCAGCAGCAGCAACAGCAUGGGGGCUAGGCCUGCUGCUCUAUCAUAUAUUCUGCAGCGCUCGUCUCCCCUAUAAUAUAUCUCCAGUAGCAAGCGAAGGAGAUACACUGCAGCAGCUGCGUCGCCUCUAUCUCUCAGCAGCAACCAGCAGCAGCAGCAGCAGCAGCAGCAGCAGCAGCAGCAGCAGCAGCAGCAGCAGCAGCAGGGGGCUGCAACUACACUCGGAGACCUUUCUCCGUGUUGCAGCUACAACUGCAGCAGCAACCGCUGCAGCAGCAAAAAAGGUGCUGCAGCAGCAGCAAGCGCAGCAGCAACAAGUGCAGCAGCAGCAAGUACUACAGCAGCAGCAACCGCUGCAGCAGCAGCAACUGCAGCAGCAACAGCUGCUGCAGCAGCAGCAGCUGCUGCAGCAGCAGCUGCUGCAGCAGCAGCAUUUUUUAUUUAGUUUGUUUUGUGGUUUGAGGAGAAGAAGUCCGUGA